AUGGCGUCACCCUCAUCGAACGACGCCGCCUCGAACCCGGCGCCAUUCGCCAAUUUCCCGCAAGACCCCUCCGAAUUCGACAGCGACCCGCGCAUCUCAUUCUCGAAACUCGACGAUAAGUUCAUCCUGGAGACCGACGACGGUCAAGAAUAUGAAUACGACACCGCUCUGAAGCGGUGGAUCCCGACGGUCGACGAUGACUUGCUCCAGAAACAGCAAGAAGCCUACAAAGUACACGGGGUGGAUGAAGAUGAACAGGUGACGGCGUCGCAAUUGAAGAAGAAGCGCAAACAGCAGGGCAAUGGUGAAGAGCGCGUCAACACGGCCGUCUUCGUGACGUCUAUCCCCCUCGAUGCCACCUUCGACGAGAUCCGCGACCUCUUCUCCAAGUGCGGCGUGAUUGCGGAGGAGAUCGACAGCGGCCGCCCGCGCAUCAAGAUGUACAACGACGACGACGGGAAGUUCAAGGGCGAGGCGCUCGUGGUCUACUUCCGGCCGGAGUCGGUGAACUUGGCCAUUCAGAUGCUGGACGACUCGGACUUCCGGCUGGGCGUGACGGGCCCGCAGGGGGCGAUGCGCGUGCAGGCGGCGGAUUUCUCCUUCAAGAGCCAACAGGAGGCCCCGACGAAGACGAGCAUGCGCGAUAAGCGGAAGAUCAUUCAGCGGACCCAGAAACUUAACAAUAAACUUGCCGAUUGGGACGAUGACGAUCCGUCGGCCCUUCCAGAUACAAGCUCUCGCUUUGAGAAGAUUGUCAUUCUGAAACAUAUGUUCACUCUGAAAGAAUUAGAUGUACGGAAUCCGUUCUCGUGCUGCGAUGUUCAUGAAAAGGAGGACCCUGCCGCUAUACUCGACAUCAAGGAAGAUAUUCGCGAUGAAUGCUCGAAGCUCGGGGAGAUUACGAAUGUUGUUCUCUACGACAAGGAGCCGGAGGGGAUUGUGAGCGUCCGCUUCCAGGAUCCGGAGGCGGCUCGCAACUGUGUCCAGAUGAUGGAUGGGCGCUAUUUCGCUGGCACGCGCGUGGAAGCGUACAUUUCCGAUGGGAAAGAGAAGUUCAAGAAGACCAAUGAGAAGCGGGCAGCGCUGGAAGAUUUGGCCGAGAAAGGGUUGGAUGCCGAAGAUUCGGAGGAAGAGCAGCGCUUGGAUGAAUUUGGCACGUGGUUGGAAAGCUCUCACACGGUGGAGAAUACUGCCAAGUGA